AUGGCGCAGAGCACGCUCACAGCUUCAAAGAAACGUCUCGACAAUGCGGUACACCGCUCUGAGGUUACCUCCCGCGAAGGCAUUUUGGAGCGUCUCUUCACCUUUGCCUUCAAGGGGCUGGUUUACCCGCAGAUCUGGGAAGAUCCGGACGUCGACAUGAAGGCGCUUCAGCUGACGCCACAAUGCCGGAUGAUCACGAUCGCAUCGGGUGGCUGCAAUGUGAUGUCCUAUCUGACUGCCAAUCCCGCGGAAAUCACCGCCGUCGAUCUGAACCGGGCCCAUGUGGCUCUUGGCCGUUUGAAGCUUGCAGCAGCCAGGCACUUUCCGAACUAUGAGACAUUCUACAGGUUCUUCGGCGAGGCUGACGAGAAGGCGAAUGUUGCUGCGUAUAACCGGUUUUUGAAAGACAAUCUCGAUCCGGACACCAUAGCCUACUGGGAAGGGCGCGACCUGGCCAACUGGGGCCGCAGGCGUAUUUCACUGUUCUCGCGCGAUCUCUAUCAUCAUGGCCUGCUUGGAUAUUGCAUCGGAGCGGGCCAUCUCAUUGCACGCCUUUACGGGAUCAAUCCGAAGCACAUGGUGAAGGCCCGCUCCCUGGAAGAACAGCGUACCUUCUUCGAAACCGCCCUGGCGCCACUUUUCGACAAGCGUCUGGUGCGUUGGGCGACCUCGAAGAAAAUGUCUCUUUAUGGUCUUGGGAUCCCUCCUGCACAGUAUGAUGCGCUUGUUUCCGCGAACGCUGAUGGUGACAUGUCUGCUGUUCUGCGCGACCGGCUGGAAAAGCUGGCAUGCGAUUUCUCCAUGAAAGACAACUAUUUUGCCUGGCAGGCAUUUGGCCGCGGCUAUGCACCCCAGGCAGGGGAGUCGACCGGGAAAUCGGGCCCGUUGCCACCUUAUCUGAAACGCGCGCAUUUCGAGGAGAUUCGGGCCCGAGCGAACAGGGUACGGGUCCUGAACCGGAAUUUUACCGAACAUCUUCAAUCCGUCUCAGGCGACAGUCUCGACGCCUAUGUGCUCCUUGAUGCCCAGGACUGGAUGACGGAUUUUCAGCUGAAUUCUCUUUGGGCGGAAAUCACCCGCACAGCGCGGCCUGGCGCAAGGGUCAUUUUCCGGACCGCCGCCGAACCGACACUGCUUCCGGGCCGUGUUGCGGACGACAUCCUCGAUCAAUGGCGUUACGAGGAAAGCGAGAGCCUGGAACUCGGCCGGCAGGAUCGCUCCUCCAUUUAUGGUGGCUUCCAUCUUUACGUGUUCAACGGAUAG